CUGCGUUUCUCUGUAGCUAAGUGCUAAGACAUGCUCAGCUGCUGUUGACUCAGUAACGGUCUGUUGUUGUAACAUCGUCCUCAGUCUGUGCAGCAUGAGACAAGCAGCCUGAGCUGUGCAGCUGUUUCUCUGUCUGCUGCAGAGACUGUCAGGUGUUGUUAUAGAUGCAGAGAGGAAUCUUGAACAUGAACCUAGUAAAGACAGGUUUGACUGGUUUGUGCUCCGGGUUCAAGAUCCGCCUGCCCUGGUCCAGUCUAAACACUGACUGUACACCUGAGCAGGUUUCCUCUGAAGACUGGAGCUGCUGUUUGUUCCUGAUGCAUCUUCAUGUGCGUUAGAUUCAGUUUAUUUGGGAGAUGCUCUCUGUUAUAUUCAGAAAAGGCAACUUUACAGCACAGAAGGUGUGCCAUUGGGCAGCUCCUUCACAAAAAUGCUGGACAUCAGCCCUAACCGGAGCUUCUGAUGGUGGAUCCAGCUUCCUGCAGACCGGCUGGGCUACGACAGCUAAGCAUCCGUCUUCAGAAAGGGCCGAUGGACGAGUAAAACAUCCUGCUGUCGUUGGUUUCAGGAGGAUUGGCCUCCUCCAGAGGACCCAGACUCAUGCAGCUCUAGUGAGGAACCAACACUUACACUCUUCUGCUGUCAGGCUGAAGAAGCGACCACAGGCUGAACCUCUUCCCAGAGAACUGGAUCUGCUGCGCUAUGACAUGAAGGACUUGUGGAAAAGUCCCAAACCUGCUCUGUACCUGGGGUUUGCAGGACUUAUCCCCUUUGUCACUCCCACUCUGUUCAUGGCUCUGACUGAGAGCUACUGUCCAGAGUUGGCCUAUGCUCAGUUAGCUUACAGCGCCUCCAUUGUCUCCUUCCUGGGUGGUGCUCGUUGGGGAUUCGCUCUUCCUGAGAGCAGCCCAGCAAAACCUGACUGGUUGAACCUAGCUAAUAGUGUGGUUCCCUCCUUGUUAGCUUGGGUGACCAUGCUGAUGAGCGACAGCAUCAUCUCUGCAGGCACCAUGGCUAUCAUGGCACAUGGAAUCGCGCUGCAUUAUGAUCUGUCUCUGCUGCCCACUUACCCCAGCUGGUUGAAAGCCCUGCGAGCUGUCCUGACCAUUGUGGCGUUCUUUUCUCUUCUUGGUACUCUCGCAAUCCAUGGAAUAUACCCAGAGAAGAAGAUAUUCGACUAAUAAAAUAUUUGAUAAAAAAAAUAAA